UUUUAAUGUAUCUGCUACCAAAUGCUAAGAGAAGAAUGUGUGUUAGACAUAUUUGGAGCAAUUGGCAUAUGCACUGGAGAUGAGAAAAGAGAAGGAAACAGUUUUGGAGAUGUGCAAAAGCAAGUUUUGAAGUAAAGUGUAGAGAGGAGAUGCAAACAAUGUCAAGGCUAGGUAAGAAAGAAAUAACUGAAGACAUGCUGAUUAAUCCUCCUACUUCUUGGUGUAGGGCAUAUUUCAAAACACAUUUCAAAUGUGAUAUUGUAGAAAAUAACAUGUGUGAGACUUUCAGUUCUUGGAUCUUAGCUGCUAAACAUAAGUCCAUAAUCACAAUGUUAGAGGAUAUCAGACAUCAACUGAUGAAUAGACAUGUAGAUAUGAUUAAAUUUGCAGAAACAUGGAUUUCAGACAUUGCACCUAUGGCAAGAACUAUUUUAGAAGUUAACAAGGAAUAUUCAAAUAGGUUUAGAGUUCUAUGGAAUGGAGUUAAUGGUUUUGAAAUUGAGGAUGGGGUGUACACAUUUGUUGUUCACUUGGACAAGAAGUAUUGUGAUUGUAGGUUAUGGAUGUUAAAAGGUGUUCCUUGUCCUCAUGCCAUUUGUGCUUAUUAUUACUUGAAUAUAGAUCCUGAUCAGCAUGUAGAGCACUGUUAUAAGAAAGAAACCUUUCUUAAGUCUUAUUGCCAUUUUAUUCAACCAAUUACCAAUAUGAGAAUGUGGUCGAAAACCAAAAACCCAUCAAUUGAACCUCCAAAACCAAGAAAGAUGCCAGGCAGACUUGGCAGGAAGAAGAAGGAUGAGCCAAAAAAGUGGGGUAAACUCUCAAAAAAAGGUGUCAAGAUCACUUGUUCAAGGUGCAAGAAAGUUAGCCAUAACAAGAUGGUAUGCGCCAAAAUGAAUGGGAUAGGGAGCAGUAAUAGUAGUCAACCUAGAUGUCAGCCUGAAGCUUCAUGGAAUCCACCACCACCACAAUCAAGUUCUAUUUGUGGUGACACCAGUGCAAUGACAAGACAUACCUACACUCAAAGUUAGACAACAAGAUCAAGAUCUACCUUUCAUACAUAUAGAACGACACAAUCCAGUCAAUUAGGAUCUAUUUGUGCUGACAUAGCUGCUAUGCCAAAAACACCUCAAAGAAAGGUGCCAAGUGUGGCUGGUAGAGGCCAAGGUGUUGCUGGUAGAGGUAAAGGUGCUGCUGGUAGAGGUAAAGGUGCUGCUGGUAGAGGUAAAGGUUGUUCUGGUAGGGAUGGUGAUUCUGGCAGUGGUCAAUUUGGUGCUGAUAGGAGAGGUAAAAGAGGAAUUGGUAGAGGUCAAAGUGCUGCUGGUAGAGGUCAAAGUGCUUCUGGUAGAGGUAAAGGUUGUUCUAGUAGGGAUGAUGGUUCUGGUAGUAGACAAUUUGGUGCUGAUAGGGGAGGUAAAGGAGGAAUUGGUAGAGGUCAAGGAGGGAGUGGUAAAGGAUCGCCAAGAAAAAUAGCCAAUGCAAGAAGGACCCCAUUUGAAAGUGGAAGAAAUGUUUCUUCCAGUCAAGUACCACCUUUGCCGACCAACAAGAGGUCAUACAAUGCUACCUCAUUUGCUGCUGCUACUGGAUACAAAAGUCCUGCAACUGGUUUUGGUGUUUACUCUGAUCCAGCAACUGGAACCCGCGUGUACAAUCAAGGUACGUCAAGUGAGAGGGUUCUUUAUGGAGGUAUAAAUUUAAGGAGUGUUUCACCAACCAACAUAGAUAUUGGUUUUAAACCUAGUGGCCUAAAGUGAAAUGGAAAAGAUGCAGUCACCAACACACAAUUGCAACAAAUGAAAGCAAAUAAGAGAAAAAAAAAUGGAAGCAACCAAGUCUUCUUUAUCAAUUGGAUCUUCAAAGAAGUAGUUCAUUUAGAAAUGAUUUGCACUGUAAUGAGGGAUAAUGUCUUUGAACAAAUUGUGUUACUAGUUUUUGAAUAACUUUUUGUUAGGCAGCAAUUAAUGAAUUUGGUGUAUACUGCAGUAGAACUAUUCUGCUUAAUGUUGAGCCUUUUUUGAACACCUUUACAUCAUGUAUGCAGUUUUUAGCUCAAUCUUGAGCUGUGUUAAUAUGAUA